CAUUAAAAUGAUCAAAAAUCCAUGGCAAUAUUCCACCCUCACUUUAACUCCUCUUCCAUCCUUCCGCCACCCCUACCUCGUCCCCACCUACCAACAGGAAUAACUCUCACUACCUCAACACCCUAUCUCUGUUCUUCUAGACUUCAAUCGAUCUUACAAGGGCAGAGAAAGGGAAAGAGUUGCCAAAUUAUACACUAAUUUAUAUUAAACCAAAAAGAAAUUGGGGGUUUUCUUGCUUCUUCUGGAAGUUGGGAGCUGAAGAAUGUCUGUUAAGGGUUCAAUCUUGAAGGGGUUUUUGGUGCUAAUUUUGGUGGAAACAGUGGUGGGUCGUUUUGUGGUGGAGAAGAACAGCUUGAGGGUGGUUUCUCCGGACAGCAUAAAGGGGACCCACGACAGUGCCAUUGGCAACUUCGGGAUUCCGCAGUAUGGGGGAAGCAUGCUCGGAACUGUGGUUUAUCCGAAGGACAAUCGGAAGGGCUGCAAGAGCUUUGAUGAUUUCGGGAUUUCUUUCAAGGCUAAGCCUGGGGCUAUGCCCAGCUUUGUUCUUGUUGAUCGUGGAGAUUGUUUUUUUGCAUUGAAGGUUUGGAAUGCUCAAAAUGCUGGGGCAGCUGCGGUUCUAGUAGCUGACAAUCUCGAAGAAGCUCUGAUAACGAUGGAUUCGCCAGAGGAGGAGAUCCAAUCCAUGAAAUACAUUGCAAACAUUACAAUCCCUUCGGCGCUGAUCACCAAAAGUUUUGGCGAGGACUUGAAGAAAGCUUACAGCCGGGGGGACAUGGUGAAUGUGAAUCUUGACUGGAGAGAAUCAGUCCCCCACCCUGAUAACAGAGUUGAGUACGAGCUAUGGACCAGCAGCAACGAUGAGUGUGGUGUCAAGUGCGACAUGCUGAUGGAUUUCUUGAAGGAAUUUAAGGGCGCGGCCCAAGUGCUUGAGAAAGGUGGAUACACUCAGUUUACGCCGCAUUACAUAACUUGGUAUUGUCCUCAGGCGUUUACGAUAAGCAAGCAGUGCAAAUCUCAAUGCCUCAACCAUGGGAGGUAUUGUGCCCCGGAUCCCGAGCAAGAUUUCAGCUCCGGUUAUGAAGGAAAAGAUGUGGUGCUUGAGAACUUGAGGCAGCUGUGUGUUUUCCGAGUGGCGAAUGAGUCCAGAAAGCCUUGGGUUUGGUGGGACUACGUUACUGAUUUCCAAAUUAGGUGCCCGAUGAAGGAGAAGAAAUACAACAAGGAAUGUGCGGAGAGUGUUAUCAAAUCUUUGGGUGUCGAUUUGGGUAAAGUUGAAAGAUGCAUGGGCGAUCCUGAUGCCAAUUCUGACAAUCCUGUCUUGAAAGAAGAGCAAGAUGCUCAAAUUGGAAAAGGAUCGCGCGGUGAUGUGACUAUUUUGCCUACUCUUGUUGUGAACAAUCGCCAAUAUCGAGGGAAAUUGGAGAAAGGUGCUGUUCUGAAAGCAAUAUGUUCUGGCUUUGAGGAGACAACAGAGCCGUCAGUUUGCUUGAGUGGGAAUGUGGAGACGAAUGAGUGCCUGGACAACAACGGUGGUUGCUGGCAGGACAAGGCGACAAACAUCACGGCUUGCAAGGACACUUUCCGAGGAAGGGUCUGCGAAUGCCCAGUAGUUAAUGGCGUGCAGUUUAAGGGCGAUGGCUACAGCUCUUGUGUUGCAAGCGGGCCAGGACGAUGCAAAAUUAGUAAUGGAAACUGUUGGCAUGAAAAUCGAAAUGGGAUCACUUUCUCAGCUUGUGUGGAGGAUGGUGACAAGCAAUGUACGUGCCCUCCGGGAUUCCAAGGCGAUGGCAUUAUUAGUUGUGAAGACAUAAAUGAAUGCCAGGAGAAGAGAGCCUGUCAGUGCCCUGAUUGCAGCUGCAAGGACACAUGGGGGAGCUACGAAUGCACGUGCAGUGGGGAUAUGCUAUAUAUAAGGGAACAUGACACCUGCAUAAGCAAGAGGGAAAGUGAAGUGAGAUCUGCUUGGACUGCUUUUUGGAUUGUUUUGAUUGCUUUGGGUAUGGUUUCGGGUUUUGCAUACCUCGUGUACAGAUACAGAUUGCGGUCGUACAUGGACUCAGAGAUACGAGCAAUAAUGGCGCAAUACAUGCCUCUAGACAGCCAAGCUGAAGUACCGAAGCAUGUAAAUGACGAUCAUACUUGAAAAUGAUGGAUGGCGCGCUCGAUUACUCGUUCUGUGUGUAUGCAAUGUGGCAGUAGGUGCAACUGACCCACCCCAUCCAUCUCCCAAAAAUUAAUUAACUCUUCAAGUGAUGUUUUUAACGGGUAAUGGGCGCGAUGGCUGCAUACUUCUAUAUGGUCAGUUUCUUGCAUCAUGGGACUUAUGUCCGAAUGUAGUUGUCAUUGUAUCAUCAUGUAACAGCCUGCCCUGAUUGCUCCUUUCUUUAUGUGGGCAUGUAUCUGUAUUAUCUUUGCGCACUUUUCAUGAUGCAAGGAGAUCCGAACAUUAUGUACUAUGGGGAGAGGUUCUAGUAGUGGUAAUAAGUUCAUGCAUUGCGUCCGGUUAUUGAACAAUGUUAGGCUGUCAUGACCGGUGAUUUGGUGUUAUUACACGGUUUCGUAGGAGUAACAAUGAAUUUCUGUUUAAGAAUGUUUGCAUGUAAAGUACUUGCGAAAAUCUGUUAAUUUUUAUAGAGCUACCUUCUUGAAACGUAUGGCAGGUGUUGCCAAGA